ACAGUGGUCAGAUGUGCAAAAAAUUGCUCUGGUCCUUAGGGUCAAAAUGGGCUCCGUCCCCAAGGGGUUAAAUGUGUCAUUACAAAGUACAAUUAUAUGCACUAACAACAAGCCCUUGUACAGGUCUGUGGAUAAAAAAUAAGAAUUAUGUCUCUUAAAAGGCGAGGAGAAAAACGCACAAAAAGAAGAGCUGUAUCCUCAAUGCCGAAAUGGACUGUGACCUAAAGGGGUUCUCUGGGCUGCACACCCCAUUCCAGGAGGCAGAGAACAUGAUAGCUGUUCUGUACCCUCGGUGGUCACGUGCACUGCACCAUCUACUGGAAGAAAAUGAUCAACUUAUUCGCUGCAUUGUGGAAUAUCAAAGCAAAGGUAGAGCGGCAGAGUGUUCACAGUACCAGCAGGUUCUGCACAGAAAUCUUAUAUAUUUGGCAACAAUAGCAGAUGCCACCUCGCCACAAGCGGACAAGCAGAAGACCUGAAUCUACAUGCUGCUGUUAUUGAUUAUGUAAAUUAAUGUAUAGUACACCCAAGUGCUGCAAUAGCUAAAUCCAGCUUUCCCACUAGGUGGCACAAUGAAGCUACAUUUUCUUGUAGAUCUCUAGGCUGCUUCAGAUCUGUUAUGGACUCCAGGGCUUAUCGCCUCUGAGGUUUGUUGUGUGCUGUAGGAUACACGUUCAGUAGAACAGCUUAGAUAGAAGACAUUGUAUCACUGCUGCAUGUUCUAUACAACAGCCAUGUUUUUUAUAUUUGUUUUCAGAUGUGUUCAAUAAAAUGGUUUAUUUACAAGUGCUUUAGUGCAGGGUCCAUCACAGCUCUUCCUCAGGUCAAUGUUAAAAAGGCAGAUUUGCAGCAAUUGACAAUAGAAUAGGAUUUUCAUAACCCCACCCACAUGUCUUUAAAGGAGUACUCCACUGGAAAACAUUUGCUUGUAAAUCAACUGGUGACAGAAAGUUAAACAGAUUUGUAAAUUACUUCUAUAAAGAAAUCCCAAUCCUUCCAGUACUUAUCAGCUGCUGUAUAAUACACAGGAAGUUCUUUUCUUUUUGCAUUCCCUUUCUGUCUGACCACAGUGCUCUCUGCCGACAACUCUGUCCAUGUCAGGAACUGUCAAGAGCAAAAGAGGUUUUCUAUGGGGAUUUGCUCCUACUCUGGACAGUUCCUGACAUGGACAGAGGUGUCAGUAGAGCACUGUGGUCAGACAGAAAGGAAAUUCAAGAAGAAAAGAACUUCCUGUGUAUUAUACAGCAGCUGAUAAGUACUGGAAGGAUUGGGAUUGUUUAAUAGAAGUCAUCUGAUUAUCUUUCUGGCACCAGUUGAUAUGAAAGAAAAUGUUUUCCGGAGUGGGGGGGGACUGCACAGCAAUCAGAACAUGCUGAGUUAUGAGUUCAGUUCUACUGCAGUAAAAUUAGUUAGUUUAGUUAUUUCUCUCCUGUUUAUUAAUCUAACCUGGCCAUGUUUAACACC